AUGCUGAUCAUCUGUGACACAGAUCUCGACAUCAAUGCCGAGGGUUUCUCGUGGUACCAAGCAACCACAAAGGGGAGCCUGGGCCUCGUCAUCUGGUCCUCGAAGAACCUGGUCGACUGGUCCGAGCCGUCCCUGAGGAUGUGA